AAGAUAAGAACUUGUAUUGUAUAGUAUUGAGGCAUCCUACCUACUAUUGAAACACAAUUCCCAUACAACGUUACGCAUGUUUCAGGUUAUUCAAUUAUUUGUAGAGGGUGCAGGUUUCACUGUGAGCGAAAGUGAGAAGGAAUGAGAAAGAGUUGUCCAUCUGCGGGGGUGUCGGUAGGGUGGGGGUGGGAAAGGGUGUAAGCCUUUGUGAUUGUUGUCCAAGGGCUGUCCGAACAAUACUGAGCCUAGGGUUAUGCUUUUGUUGUUGACUCUCUCUUCCUCCAGUCUUCUCUCAGCUGUUCGUUCUGAUGUCUGCUAUUGCCCAUGUGCUUGCUAACCUCUACUCCUUUCUGUGGUGAUCAUUUUUCUCAGUUCUCAGACUUCCAGUACAUGGUUGAUGAUGGUUCAAGGAUGUCAUUUCCUCAACAACUUUCAGUUCAUGGUUGAUAUAUUAAGUUUCCUGAAUAACUUCCAGUGUAGGAUAGUUGAUAGAUGACGUCCCCUCAACAAUUUUCAGUUAAAAGUUGAUCACUCCUAGUUGAUGAUAGUUGACAGUUCCUCAAAAACUUCCAAUUCAUCGUUGAUAGGUGAUAUUUUCUCAAUAACUCCCAGUGAAGGAUAGAUAGUUCAUAGAUGACGUUCCCUCAACAAUUUUCAGUUAAAAGUUGAUCACUCCUAGUUGAUGAUAGUUGACAAAAACUUCCAAUUCAUCAUUGAUAGAUGAUAUUUCCUUAAUAACUUCCAGUGAAGAAUAUUUCAUAGACCUUCCUCAACAAUUUUCAAUUCCUAGUUGAACUCUUAGAUCAUGACACUUCAAUAACUUUUAGUUGACGUUGAACAGUGUGUGAGUGAACGUGUUGAUUAUGAUGCCUGGAAUCAAGAAAUCCUGUUUAGCUCAGAAAAUGUUCAUCGGGCUAACGCGCAUUUGGAUUGAGGCUGGUGAUAUCCUGUUUUCGCUGGCCACAUUCAGUUGGGGAUGCCUGUACAUGAUGGCAUUGGUGGUAGUAUUCCUGUUCCUUUUGGUGAUGGAGCUUCCCCCGAGUUGGUGGAAGAAAAGGAAACCAUUUACAGUAAUAAUAGAGGAGAAACCUUCGUUGAAAGACAUUCCUGGACCAGUAGCUCUCCCUAUUCUAGGGACCCGGUGGAUCUACUCAGUGAGAUAUGACAUGGACAAAGUUCACGAAGCAUACAAAGACAUGUUCCAACGUUACGGCAACGUUGUCAAGGAAGAGGCUCUGUGGAAUUUUCCAGUCAUAAAUUUGAUUUCGAAAGAGGACAUUGAGAAAGUAUUGCGGAAGAGCAGCAAGUACCCGCUACGCCCGCCCACGGAAGUGACAGCCCACUACAGAGCUACCCGGCCUGACAGAUACACCAAUGGUGGACUAGUCAACGAACAAGGCGAAACGUGGCACAAACUGCGCAAACUACUCACACCGGAACUGACCAGCGUGCAGACCAUGAAACAGUUCCUGCCGGAAGUGAACCACGUGAUAGACGACUUCAUCAGACUGAUCGAGGCGUCGGCCGACCCAGCGACGGGUCGCGUGACCCACUUUGAGGAGCUGUGCAACCGGGUGGGACUGGAGAGCACCUGUACCCUCAUCCUGGGUCGCAGGAUGGGUUUCCUGGAGCGCGACUGCAGCAACCAGGUGGCAAGGAAGCUGGCCGAUGCCAUUCAGGUGCACUUCUGCGCCUCGCGGGACACCUUCUACGGCCUGCCCUUCUGGAAGGUCUUCCCCACGGCCGCCUACAAGCUGCUCGUGCAGUCUGAGGAGUCUAUUUAUGAUGUGGUAUCUCAGCUGGUGGAUACUGCAUUGUCAGAGGAGAGAGACACGUGCAAGAUGGAGCCUGUGCAGAGUGUGUUCAUGUCGAUUUUGCAAACUCCAGGCUUGGAUAUGAGGGACAGAAAGGCCGCCAUCAUUGACUUUAUAGCUGCAGGCAUCAAAACUCUCGGUAAUACGCUUGUCUUCCUACUGUACCUGAUCGCAAAGAACAAAAGAGCUCAAAACGUGCUCUACGAACAGCUGAUGUCUGUGAUCCCCUCAGGAACUGUAAUAACCGCAAAUACUCUCAGGGAAAUACCCUACCUGCGCGCUUGUCUCACGGAAGCAUUCAGGUUAUUACCAACAGCUCCUUGCAUAGCUAGAAUUUUGGAAGAAGACUUGAAAGUGAGCGAUGGCCAUCAGCUAUAUGCUGGGAAUGUCGUAUUGUGCCAUACAUGGCUAGCCUGUCAAGACGAGAAGAAUUUUUCGAGAGCAAAAGAAUUUCUGCCGGAAAGAUGGCUGAGCAACAACGAGCUGAAGAAAAGUCCAUUCCUGACCGCGCCGUUUGGAGUCGGAAGGAGAAUGUGUCCCGCAAAGCGAUUUGUGCAUCUAGAGCUGCAAGUUGUUUUGGCUAAGUUGGUCCAACACUUUGAGAUAGACUACGAAGGGGAAUUGGGACUCUAUUUUGAAUUCCUGCUGGGACCCAGAGCUCCAACCAAAUUCAUAUUCAAACGACGGGAUGCUUUAUAAUAGUUAUUAUUAGUUGAGAUCAAAUAUAAUCUAGUGAUUUUUUAUCGUAUCAAUGCAUAUAUACCAUCACUGCCUUUAUGUUAUAUGAACAUGCUCAGGUAUAUGAAACUUCAAAUCUCAAGUUUUUACUCGAAUCAUGAGAUUUUUGUGACUAAGACCCUAGAUUUAUAAACUCAUAUUGGGACCAACAGGCAUUGGGACCAGUUUGAUCUAACAACUAAUACACUUUGAUAUUUGAUGAAUUAUGUAACAGUACUGAUAUUGAUCUGAACUCUUAUCUAACAUAACUUAACAAUUUAUUUAAUCUUUAAGUUGGAUAAAGCAGCAGUAGGAUGCCAUGUAUCUGUAACAUUGAGUACACUCUAAUUGAGAAAUAUUAGAUUUUUCUUUACUUGCCAUCAAAAUAAAUGGUUAUGACAAAAAAUAAUCAAAGCUUAUUUUUGCUAAGUUUUGUUUCAUUUCUACAUAUUAAGAGGUAUUUAUUUAUUUGAAUAGGCUUCUAGAUUAAUAGUAGGUGGGAGAAGACAAAAAAAUGUUUUUUUUUCUGCUCAAGUUAAGUUACAUCUUUAUUUGUAUAUUAUGAUUAUUAUUGGUAUACAAUUCAAUGAAGAAUGUUCGACUUUAAAAAAAAUAAAAAACCAUAAAAAUAUUUGAAGAUUAGAAUAAGAUAAACGCACUUGAUGUGUUGACUGUGAAGUAGAUAAAAUGUUAAAUUUAUUUAGAUUAUUGAUCUCUAUUUGCCUGCUUGACUUGUAAAAAGAUUUUAGAAAAUUGAAAAAAAUCAAAUUUGGCUUAUUUAUGAUUGACAUUGGCCACAAUGAUGAUAUUGUUCAGCAGUACAGAAUGGAUAAUUACGGGUAGGAAAAUAGUAUUGGAAUAUUAUUAUAAGCCUUAUAUAAUAGUACUUAUAUGAGCACAAACUUCAUUUUCAAUUUUCUGAUUAUACUUAAUGUCACAAAGAAGCUGUUAUAUUGUAAUCAUACUAAUAUUUUUUGAAGAUAGCUUCUGGUGAUAAAAUUGACUGUAGCUUAAAGAUAUUUACUGUACGGUACUGACAAAUUAGAGCUGUUAUAGGAAGCAAUUUGAAAGCAAAGGUGAUAGUUUAGCAGUUAUUUGAAUAGAAAGACUGAACUUGACUGAGCUAUCAAGAAUUUUUCAGUAAUAAUAUCGCAAAUUGUUGAUCAAAAUACCUGUCAAAAUAGUCCUAAAAAUAUUUAAAACUGCAAAAAAAAUUAGAAAAAUAUACAAUUUUUCACUAUUUGAGCUUGUAAGUGCCUUGAACAAAGAACAAGAAAAAUAAAAAUGAAAAAAUUAAAUGUUAUAAAUUACAAAAAAAAAACAAUUUAGUUGUUUGAUUUUUUAUUUAUGUUUGUAUUGAAAUUUCUCAUCUUCCAAUACAAAAUAAGUUUAUGAUUUCUAGUUGAAUUUGUAAUUUGUACUAUUAUACUGAUAUGCUAUUAUUGUAUUUUCAAAAACAAAAUUGAAAAAUAACAAAAAUUGAUGUGACAAUGUUAUUUACUGCUUAGAAUAGCUAUUCCAAAAUGUGUACCUUCAUCACAAUCAUGAUAAUUCUAUGUGUUAUAGCAUAAUAUCUAAUUGAAUAUUUUAAUGUUUCUUUAUUUAAAAAGUGCUAUUAAUUUAAUUUUUGUACAAAUUAUGUUAUUAGUUGAAUUAGUUUGAAUUAUCAAUAAAUUAUUAAAUGCA